GACCAGGUCUACCCCAAAGCUGCCCUUGCUUCUCCCUUCCUCUCUGCUUCUUGUGUCCGGGAAACUUGCCCAUCUCUGGGGAUGGAGUGUGCCGGUCCUCCUGGCUUUGGGGUUUCCAGUCCUGUCCCCCUGUAGCAAGUAGGGCAGACCUCAGGAUCUCUGCACACGGGGCUCGGAGCCUCAGCCUUCAGCACCAAAAAAGGAAGUGCUGGGGUCCCCCUCAGGAAGAGGAUGUGAGAUCAGAGAUGAAUCUCCUAGAGACCAGUGACUUGGAAACCCCGCAGUAAACAGGAAGUGUGGCCAUCACAGCAACCUGCGCUUGUAGGAAAUGGGGGCCUGGAGGCAGACCCUCCUCACCUGCCAGGGCCAGCAGGGCGGAGGGAACCCUCUGCAGUGACCUGCGUCUAUGCCCUCCCUGAGGGAGGGCCCUGCGUAAAUCCUGUAAUUACUGGACAGGAAGAAGGCCUCCUUGGCAAUUCCCCAAAAGCUACUCUAGAAAACAGCCCUUGGCAGGCCUCCUUCUGAUGAAAAGAGCAAGCAGGAAUGGACUAUACUCCCCAAACCUCCCUCGUCCCAUGUGGACAAGAUAAAUACAUUUCCAAGAAUGAACUUCUCGUGCACCUGAAGACCUACAACUUGUACUACCAGGGCCAGAAUCUGCAGCUCCGGCACCGAGAGGAGGAAGAUGAGUUCAUCGUGGAGGGCUUGCUGAACAUCUCCUGGGGGCUGCGCCGGCCCAUCCGCCUGCAGAUGCAGGAUGACAACGAGCGCUUGCGUCCGCCCCCAUCCUCUUCCUCCUGGCACUCUGGCUGCAACCUGGCGACUCCGGGUGCCAUUCUGAAGCCCCUCACCAUGCCCAACAUUCAGAUCUCAGAGGUGGACGCCCCAGCUGAGAGCGAGCAGUCAUUGAGCCCCACAGACUCCAGGGGCCUGAAGCCUGUGCAGGAAGACACACCGCAGCUGAUGCGCACACGCAGUGAUGUCGGCGUUCGCCGCCGUGGUAACGUGAGGACGCCCAGUGACCAGCGGCGCAUCCGGCGCCACCGCUUCUCCAUCAAUGGCCAUUACUAUAACCACAAGACGUCUGUGUUCACACCGGCCUAUGGCUCUGUCACCAACGUCCGCAUCAACAGUACCAUGACUACGCCGCAGGUGCUUAAGCUGCUGCUCAACAAAUUUAAGAUUGAGAACUCGGCAGAGGAGUUUGCUUUGUACGUGGUCCAUACCAGCGGUGAGAAACAGAAGCUGAAGGCCACCGAUUACCCUCUGAUUGCCCGAAUUCUCCAGGGCCCCUGCGAGCAGGUGUCCAAAGUGUUCCUGAUGGAGAAGGACCAGGUGGAGGAAGUCACCUACGAUGUGGCCCAGUACAUAAAGUUCGAGAUGCCAGUGCUGAAGAGCUUCAUUCAGAAGCUUCAGGAGGAGGAAGACCGGGAGGUCAAGAAGCUAAUGCGCAAAUACACCGUGCUGCGGCUGAUGAUUCGGCAGAGACUGGAGGAGAUUGCUGAGACCCCGGCUACGAUCUGAGGCACAGGUGCCAGGGGCUCUUGACCUCCCCCAGG